UGGAAAUGGAUUGAGCUGUGAGUUGAGCUGAAGUAUGGAGCCGUGCUGAUUCUAAUUCUCCUUGAUUUGGGACUUCAUUGAUUGCUUAUCUUGACUUUACCAGUGUUGAGCUGUAGACUAUCAGCUGAUUGAAUCACACCCGACUCUAGUCCUCAUCUGUCUCAACCAUCUCAACAGACAACGGCCUCACUAUCGCCAUCAUGAGCAGUCCAGACACUGAAGAGCCCAAGCUGGACAAGGCCCGCCACAUCAAAUACUGGCAGCGAUGCCACAACACCUUCCUACCAUCGGCAUACACAUCCAAUGAUUCCACCAGACUCACUUUUGCCUUCUUCAUCAUCUCCGCCCUCGAUCUCCUGUCCGUACCCCUCACAGCUCAAGACCGAGCUGCGGCGCGAGCUUGGGUCCUGAGCCUCCAACAUCCUGAUGGCGGCUUCUGCGGUAGUCCAACCCACUCCAUUACCGGCGAGAACGCGUCCAAGGGAUCAGCAAACAUAGCGGCGACAUUCUUUGCCCUGAUCAUCUUGGGCUUGGUAGCGGAGUCGGAAGAGGAGCAGCGCUCGGCCUUUACCGGGGUGGAUCGCAAGGCUCUGUUGCUUUGGCUGAAGAAAUUGCAGAGAAGCGAUGGAAGCUUUGGGCAGGUUCUGUGGGAGGGGGAGCCCACGGGUGGGAGAGACAUGCGGCAUAGUUAUUUGGCGAGUAUCAUUCGAUUCAUGCUGCGGGGUUCGGUCCCGGAAGGGGAUGAGAAUUGGGUCGAGGAUAUCGAUACCGAGGGGAUGAUUGAGUAUAUCAGGAGUGUUCAGACUUAUGACGGUGGUAUCGCUGAGUCUUCAACGGAGGAAUCUCAUGGUGGAUAUGCGUACUGCGCAAUUGCUGCUCUGAGUUUACUUGAUCGGCAUUCCGAGACAUUCACACCAGAGGAAACCAAGCGGGCGCUGGACCGCGGCAUUGCAGAUCGCCAAAGCCUGCUCAGGUUCUUCGCAAGCAGGCAUUUUCCGUACUUGGCAAAAGAAGAGGAAACCAGAGACGAGACAGCAGUCAAUCACCUUCAAGCCAGAUUAGGAGAGCUGAGCCUGGAUGGAGGACUUCCCUACGUUGGAUUUAACGGCAGGUGGAACAAGAAGGCUGAUACUUGCUAUACGUGGUGGGCUUGCGGUUCCCUGAGGCUCCUCGAUUGUGACAGAUUUUACGACUCCGAGCCUUCUUGCAACUACCUAUUAGACAUUACCCAGCACAGAAUUGGUGGAUUUGGCAAAUCCGUUGGUGACCCUCCGGAUAUCUACCAUUCUUACCUCGGAUUGACCACGGUAGCUCUGUUGGGCGGAUCUGAGCUGAAGGAGGCCGACGCAGGGUUUUGCUGUAGUAAAGAAGGGGCUCGCAAGAUUGAAGUGGCUAGAGAUGGGUUGCUGGAGUCUUUGAAGAGGCAGAGUGAGCAGCGGGGAAGAUGGGGGGCUGAUGAGUUUUGGGGGAAGGCUGCGGAGGUGGUCAAGGUGAAAUAGUUUACAGCUAAGUGAACAUGUUGAAGCCUUCAUAAUUUUCCUUCAUGUCGUCUGUUUCCAUGCCAUGACAGCAUACCGGCGUGUUUUAUUUUUGCUAAGCUAUCUCGUGUUAAAUGAGAACUCCCCUAAUUCCUUCUUGAAGGCGCAACGAUGGAGACGAGAGAGAAGCAAUAUGCUUCCCAUACAAACAUUAUCACCCUAAGUAAAUAGACGUCCUGUUCCCUGAACUAUGGCUUGAUGGAAAGAAAAAGAUCAUAUAACAUCUAAAAGAUAGCUAAAAAGAAGGAGACUUCCCAUGCUCCGUCG